UUUCUUAUCCGCCGCAAUGAUGUACUCUGCAGCCCUGACUGAGCCCACCAUCGACUAUGGCUUCCAGCGGCUCAUGAAACUCGUCCCCAGACAUCCCGGAGACCCAGAGCGGCUGCCAAAGGAAAUUAUCCUGAAAAGAGCAGCAGACCUUGCUGAGGCCCUGUACAGUAUGCCCCGGAACCCCAACCAGCUGUCCCUGCCCACGCCACGGUCCCCGGCCAUGAACAACCCGGCCAUGUCCGGCUUCAACGCCUACCCGAGCCAGUUGGCGGUCAGCGUGAGCGACACAGCGGUCAAUGCGGGUUACAACAGAUCUCAAAGCUCAAGUGUCUCUCCUCGAGGCUACGGGUCCAACGGUUCCACUCCUCACAGUGUGAAUGGGGGCGCUUAUGGCGCCGCUCCUUCCAUGAAUGGUUACCAUAGCGGGCCGGGUCCACUUGGGAAUAUGGGUCUUGACCACUUCCUUCGUGACGAGGCAAGCCGGAUAGGCGCUGGAAUGGGCGGUAUCGUGGGUUCCCCGUUCUCCAGCGUCAACCCGUUCGGGCUCCCGACAUGUGGCACACAGUCAGCCUAUGGCAGCUCCAUCGUGUCCCCAGCCAAAUAGCGACCCCUCGUCCCCACUGCUGACUUUAGCUCGCACACGCACGACACAGGGCAACAGAGCUACUACACGCUAAGUAGGGCGGCCCACGAGAGGAAAAAGUUCCUCAGACAGAACUCAGACGAGUCUGAUGACGUCAUUGUGUUAAGCAAUACACAGAGGUGGACGACUUCCGCUUGGAUAUGGACGUCAUCUGAAGAGAGAACACCAGGAAAAAGAAAAGUCUGGAAUACGGUGAGAGAUCGUGUUCAAGAACAGAAGCAGCACCCGCCUGGGAUCUUGACGUCCCCUGCAACGACACGUAUUGUCCCCAGCAAAUAAGAACUGUUUCUGUUCUUCUUUGGGUGUUUAACGUUAUGAUGCUAAUGUCAUCUCUGAAAUGCGCAAGUGUUUUCCAUGUGCGUGAGAUCUCUAACCAGCAGACCACAGGCCAGAGAGAAACGCUGUUGUUGAGUUUUUCAAAACAGCGGUCUGAGCAUACAAGAGGCUGGAAUUUCUCAACGAACUCCGAACAGCAACACGCUUGCAACACUGCUUUCCAAAUAACCCUUUCGUCUUAAAGACACUCACGCACCCAUUCAUCCCAACACUACUCACUUCUCCUACCUUGGUGUAUAUAUUGUAAAUUGUAUAAACAAAUGCUUCUCUUAUGAGAGAAUGAUUUAAUUCAAAGGACCGUGUUCUUUUGUCACACUGAGGAUAGUACGUUAUGGAUCAUUUACAAAGCACUGUGUGAGGAUUCGGUUCUAUUCUUUGGUCUGCUGUACAGGCACCAAUGAUUGUGACUGCAUUUCUUAAGCGAUUUGAAAGCUACACACGUCUCCCUAAGACACUAGUUUCUGUUCUGCAAAAUUCUGCACUUUCACAAAAGUCAAUAGGUUUAUACACAUGUAUUCUUCAAGCUUUCACAACAGGAAAUGGAUUCCGGAGUGAAUAGUUCAGAAAGAUUACAAACCAGGAUAAAUCUUGAAUACUUUGAGUUAACUGGAACGCACAUGACGGGUAUCCACUUUCUUCAUGAUGUCACCGAGUUAUCCAGUAGCACUGAUAUUCCCUGGCGUCAUGAGUUAGAAUGAUCUGAAACACAAGACGACAUCAGGAUUCACGGGUUUCCCCAUUUUUCAAACCUGUUCAUUUUGACGUUAAAAUGUUAAAACCAUAUAUUUUGGUUUGGUCAUUUUGAUGAGAAUGGUAGGCCUACUCUUGUACUUACCGACUCUGCCACACAGGUCAGGUUUUAACAGGCAGCAAUACACUGACACAUUUGACCUGCAGACAACUUUCCUUUCGUUCAGGUCAAUAAAUCAUCAACAAGAGGAUUAGUCUCCAUGACAAAGCACACGAAAGGAUAAUGAUACCUGACAGAAGUCAAAGUUGUCUAAUGACCUUUCGUAAUGCUUUGAAGUGGGACAAGAUUAUCUUUUACCCAAGGCCUUUCAGCGAUGAAUAUCUUUAGAUAUAUCUUUAUGGUCAAAAACUAGAAUAAAAUCAGCAAUUCAUUAGAGCUGAUUCUCUCAUCUGUGCAUGAACAUUUGAGGACGUUACACAUUGGAAAAAAGUACCUGACCUUUCCUGGCAGUCCCUGUAUCACUUCUCCGUGAUUGCCCACAAAGGACGUCGGGGAACGUAAAAUGUCAGUCCCCUAUAUAAGACAUACUUCUUAACGCUCCUCAUCUAAAGUUGUGUUAUUUGAAGAGUCGUGUGAAAUAGAAGCCACUGACACAAAAUAAGUAUUAUUUUAUAAAUUUAAUGCUGCCUUCACUGGUUGGAUUAUAUUAAUGUCUUUAUGUGCUUGAUCCCUGUUCCGUUAUCUCUGCUAACAAUGACUAUGUGCUGUCAUUUUAUUGGGCGUGUCCUGCUUGCAAAAUAAAACUCAGAGAGAUAGGGGAAUAUUUUCAUUUCACAAAAGUACUAGUGAGAAGAGUAUUUCAAUAUUUGAAAAAAUAAAUAGUUAUUGAAUCCUUUUGUC